AUGCCAUUCGGAUUGGCAAAUGCUCCGUCUAUAUUUCAAAGGACAAUGAAUAAAAUACUCGCAGAAGCUAAAAUAAAAUAUGCUUUAAUUUAUAUGGAUGAUGUUUUAAUUCCAGCUAAGUCUUAUUCUGAAGGAAUAAGUAGGUUGCGUGAGGUUCUAAGUUUACUACAGAAGGGGGGGCUUACCUUAAAAUUAAGCAAAUGCCAUUUCUUUUAUGAUAAAAUUGAUUUCUUAGGGUUUGAAGUUAGUGCGAACGGUAUAAGACCGGGUUAUCAAAAAACAUUAGCUAUUUCAGAAUUUCCAAAACCAAAAAAUAUACAUGAUAUUAGACGAUUUAUCGGUUUGACAAGUUUUUUUAGAAGGUUUAUAAAAAAUUUCGCGAUUAUUGCUAGGCCGUUAACUGACUUACUUAAGAAAAAUUUUUCAUGGAAUUGGACAGAUCAACAAGAAAAUUCAUUUAUUACAUUAAAAAGUAAAUUAGUGAAAAGACCUAUAUUGGCACUCUAUGAUCAAAAGCUUGAAACUGAAUUGCAUACAGAUGCGUCUAAAAUAGGUAUAGCUGGAAUCUUAUUGCAAAAAGGGGCUGAUAAUUUGUUACGACCCGUUGCUUAUUAUAGUCGAAAAAAUACUAGUGAAGAGCAAAGGAUGCAUUCAUUCGAACAAGAGACACUUGCGGUAAUAUCUUCAUUAAACAGGUUUAGAGUAUAUUUAUUAGGCAUAAAAUUUAAAAUUGUAACAGACUGUAGUGCCUUGCGUACAACUUUUACAAAACGUGAUCUUAUUCCACGUAUAGCGAGGUGGUGGAUUCAAUUUCAAGAGUUUGAUUGUGAAAUUGAAUAUCGACCAGGGAAUAAAAUGGGCCAUGUCGAUGCGCUUAGUAGGGGUCCUGUUAAUGAUUCUAAUCCGGAUACUGACUUACAAAUAUUAGACGUAUUAAAUUUCACCACUGAAGAUUGGAUAGCUACUAUACAGAAUAAUGAUGAGGAAAUUAAGAGAAUAAAGGAAAUACUGGAAUCAAAAAAUACUAAAGAUACCGUUGAUAUAUAUAAUAAUUAUCAGUUGAAAGGGGGUAAGGUUUACAGAAACAUAGAUGGAGGUAUUAGAUGGGUUGUACCAAGGGGUGUUCGAUGGCAAAUUCUACGCAUGAAUCACGAUGAUAUCGGUCACUUCGGAUUCGAAAAAACUCUUGAACGCGUAAGAUCUACAUAUUGGUUUCCUAAAAUGAGAAAAUUUAUUAAGAAAUAUUGUAAUUCAUGCCUAGAAUGUGCAUAUCAUAAAGUUCCGGGAGCUUUAACAACAACAAAAUCUUCAUAUUCACUUCCAGUCGAUUUGUUAGAUCAGACCAGUAGAGUUGUAAAUGGAUUUUCAAUUGACAUAACACAAAUUCCAUAUCAUGCAGCGAUUGGUAAAAAAUCAACUUCCGGAUUGGGUUAUUUGUGUGGAGCCUCCAUUAUUUCAAAUAGAGCACUACUUUCAGCUACGCACUGUUUUAAAAUGUCGGAAUUAGAUCCAUCAUUGUAUAGAGUCGUAGUAGGCUCCUCUUACCGACUUUUAGGAGGGGAUACUUAUGAACUAUCCAGACUCUACGUGCACGAAAGUUAUUCUUCUGUGACGGUUGUUAAUGAUAUAGCAAUGCUAGUAACCAGUAAAAAAAUAAAUUUCGGUCAAAAUGUGCAGUCGGUGUUUUUCGCUCCUUCUACUAUGAAUGUUCCAGAUGGCACAACUGCUUUAGUAUCUGGAUUUGGAAAAACAGCGUAUAAUGGCAAGCUAUCUUCAUCGCUCUUAGCUGCAAAUGUGGAAGUUGUUUCUCAAACAGCUUGCGCUCGCGCAUACCGAAAAAUUGCAACUAUUUCCACCGGAAUGAUAUGUGCCUCAGCCAAUAACCCCCCUAGAGACGCUUGUCAAGGCGAUUCUGGAGGUCCUUUGGUUAUGAACAAUAUCUUAAUAGGCAUUGUGUCUUGGGGUGAAGAAUGCGCCAAUGUGUCCUAUCCCGGAGUAUAUACACGAGUUUCAGAAUACUAUCCAUGGAUAAUAAGUAAAUUGGCGUUAGUG